AUGACCAUCUCGACCAUUGGAGUGGGUGCUGCGGUUACGCCUACAGUAUUGAAAACAUACAUCUCCCAUUAUGCGAAUAGACGGCCGCGGCGGCACAAGCCAACCGCUCAUAUAUCCUACGACGAAGGGCUACACUUGAUACGAGCUUUCUUGGAAUAUGCCUCGCACCACACAGUAGAGGACUUGCAGUCGUUCACGGCACAGAAAGUGCCGACACCUUCAUGGGUGAGAACGGAGAAUGUCAACAUACCGAACGAACACAUCUCGAAAGCUGCACAUGCAAUAAUCAGCCAGCUGGGAGAGGCCGGCGUUCAGAAUGUGGGAGGCACUCAGUGGUGGCAGUGGCGGGGCCCGAAAGAGAUGGAAUUGAAGGCGGAAUGGAUUGAAAUGCGCGUACUUUACAAUGAACAGCAGAAAAGAGGGGGCAGAAGCAGGAGAAUCAUACUCUACGUCCAUGGCGGCGCAUACUUUUUUGGGAGUGUCGACGAGCAUCGGUAUCAGAUGCAAAGACAUGCCAGGAAGCUUGAAGCAAGAGUGUUUGCUCCCAGAUACCGGUUGGCUCCGCAGUUCCCGUUCCCUUGCGGGCUGCAAGAUUGUCUGGCGGCAUAUUUGUACCUGUUGAGUCUACACGAGCCGGCCGAGAUCGUUCUGGCAGGAGAUUCGGCGGGCGGCGGUAUGGUGGUGUCGAUCUUGUGUCUGCUUCGCGACCAAGGCAUUCCGUUGCCCGCCGGGGCCAUUCUCAUCUCGCCUUGGGUCGACUUGACUCAUUCGUUUCCCAGCUUGGUUGGGAGCGACGAGCUGGAUUAUAUUCCUCCAAGGGGGUUCAUGCACAAACCGUCCAUGGCGUGGCCUCCUCCCAAUGAUGAGGAACUGAAGGUCAUCAGUGCUCUUGCCCAGGGCAAAGGCGGGCAUAUUGACAUCAAUGAAGCUGCCACCGCAGCAGAGUUACAGUCUGGUUUUUCAGAGCACAAAUUAGAAGAUCUCGCUCCGCCGCGCCACAACAAUGCACAAGAACACCCGGCCGACGGUUCGACAUCGGUUCCUAGCAAGCACGACGGGGCUGUACAUCCAGCAUCACAGCAUUAUUUGUCCGUCGAACUUGAUGGUAAACUGGUCCUCUUGAAGGAUCAAAUCCAGAUGUACACAACCAACCAGCUACUGGCGCAUCCCUUGGUGUCGCCAGUGUUGCAGCCCUCGCUAGGCGGUCUUCCUCCCGUCAUGAUCCUUACUGGUGGUGGCGAAUUGUUGCGUGACGAACAAAUCUACCUUGCGCAUAAAAUGGCCAAUCCGUCCGGGUACCCAUUGGGCGCGGCCUAUCGCUCGAACUACGACCCGGACGAUGUCCUAUUGAAAAAGUAUAGACCAACUCCUGUUCAAUUACAAGUGUGGGAUGAUCUCUGCCAUGUUGCAACGACCUUGUCCUUUACACGACCCGCCAAGUUGAUGUACAGGUCGAUAGCACAGUUUGGUGCCUGGGCCUUGGCGAGGGCUCAAAGACGAGCCAUCGAAAUUAUGGAGGACGACAACAUCUCGAUCAUUUCUUCCGAUUCCGAAGGCGAUGGCGACGAGACAGAAGAAGGCGCCUCCACCGAUCACUUGUCAAAACCAAAGCUGGACCCGACCAAGGUCAACGGCAGUGUCGGUCGGGCCGGGGACCCCUUGCCUCCUUUUGAGGGUAACAUGGUCCGCCAAAGGGUCGACCGGCAUGGAAUGACCUAUCCUCUUGCCCAUGUUCAAGAUCUUCCUGCCCUUCAGUUGCAGCCAGAUGAAGUGGGAGUAGUCAAGCCAGGUCCGGUGCGUAAGUGGCUCGAGGCGAGAAAAAGAUGGGACGCAAAGUACGCGAGUGUGAGCAUUCGUGUCCGUAAAGAGCGGAUCAAAGCCCUUGCUAGUGGAGCAAUAAAGGGGUUUGAGGAAGGCGAGAAGCCGCCGCCGAGUGCCCUUGCGGCCCGACGGACGGACAAGGAUCUUCUCCCCCGCAGACAGAAGGGGAAAUCCUUUGGGCUGGCCAUGUGGAGCGGCUGGGGAAGUAAACAUGAUGAAAGUACAUUGAAAAGAGAGGAAGAGGCAGUGAGAGUGGAAAAGACGGAAGAGAAAGAGAGGACAGCGGAUGUUGUUGACGAGAGCAGCGAACCGCAAUCGCUGGCCCAUGAUGGUGGAACGGGGGUAUAUGCACAGAUCACAACCUCUCACGAUUCGGACCACCUCGGCGCACUCCAAAGGCAUGAUACAAUGACUAGGCUUUCUAGCCGGACACGGAGUCAGAGCAGAAAACGGCGUGGGAGCAGCGGACCACACCACGCCCCAGGCAGAAGACGAACCGUAUCUGUGACUGACACGGGUCAGACAGAGGGCAGAGAUAGCGGUGGUGCUGCGAUGGGAAGCCCUACAUUGAGCACAACCAACGAGGUGAUAAACAUGGCAGCACCAGACACAAUAUCAGCAAAGCCGCCCCUUAUUUCGUCAUCGUCAAGGGCAGCAGUGCAGGAUCAGGACCAACAUCAACAACAUCAAGGACCAUCUACUACUACGGCUACAACUGCCUCUGACGACCGUGACCGUGAUCUGGCAUCGACAUUACUUUCGGCAGGCUUCCUUCCCAGGUUCAAAGCUGCAGCCCAUCUCCGUGAUGACUCGGCCGGUACUGGUACUGGUACAUUCUCAGACACGGCAAGUAACAUGACCGGUCACAGCGGACGCAGCGGGCUUGUUGCCGCCGCCGCAGACGAUGCAAGCACGCGAGCGGUGUUUGCCGCUCAUGGCGUGUCCAAGGACGUGGAAGACGUGUCGCGGGCCGAAAGCGAAGGUGAAGGCAGCGAUAGCAGGCUUCCUGAAGGCAUCGAUGAUGUCGCGUUGGACCAUCCCCAAGUCACAACUUAUUCAACUUCGAAUGACGGUGGUGGUCAACUUGUGGAGAAGAAAGACAAAACAAGAUCGUCGAGUCAACAACAUGCUGAUGCCAAUAUCGACCAUGCUGCUGCUAAUAUCGAUCAUGCUGAUGCUGAUGCUGUCAUGAUGGGCUCCGACACCCCACGCAGCCAACGCAGUCUUGACCGUCUCUACAGCCACCAGCAGGACGAAGGGAUGAUGGGCCACAUGGAGCAUUUGCGGAGCCCUAGCUCGAUUGCUGUGGUGAGAGCGGAAGGAGUCGUUGGCGUCGUUGAUGAUCAUCUUGACGAUGACGAGGGUAACGAUGAUCGCGAUCAUAAUAUUCACCCUGACUCCACGGUGGUUGUGGACGAUGAGAAGAGUGGGUAUGAGGAAAGGAAAGGACCGACAUCGACAUCGAGACCGAAACUGUACGAUCGGGCGGAAACGACGUUUCAGACUGCUGUUGAACGACUUGAUACUACUUAG